AUGGCGGCCAACUUGGAAUCCGCCCUCAAAAAGCCGGCCAUUUCGGAAGACAGCAAUCAUGAGGAGCGAUCUAGCGAGCUUGACCAGACAGUGAUUGAACGAAAGACGAAGGAGAAUAUCGUUGAUUGGGAUGGUCCAGACGAUCCUCAAAACCCGCGGAACUGGCCAGGGUGGAAGCGCAUGAUUCAAGUUGUCCUCGCCAGCGCCUUUUUGCUCACUGCUAACCUCGCCGCCACAAUGUUUGCACCUGGAGCUGCCGAGCUCGCUAAGGAAUUCCAUAUCAUCAGUCCUACUAUUGUCAGUCUCACUGUGUCCAUCUACCUUUGUGGCUUCGCUGUUGGGCCAAUGUUCAUUGCACCACUGUCGGAACUGUACGGGCGCCUUGUGAUCUACCACAUCUGCAACAUUCUUUACAUUGGCUUCAUCAUCGGAUGUGCUCAGAGCAAAAACACGGGCAUGUUUCUCGGUUUUCGAUUUCUUGCUGGAUGUGCUUCUUCGGGCCCAUUAACAGUUGGUGGAGGAACUGUCGCCGACGUCGUCCCGCCAGCUCAGCGUGGGAGGGUAAUGUCUGUCUUCUUCGUGGGACCGCUUCUGGGACCAGUCUUGGGCCCAAUUGUUGGUGGCUUUGUGUCCGAAUCAAUCGGCUGGCGAUGGACCUUUUGGAUCAUCACAAUCCUAGCAGCAGUAUCAUUCACCAUAUCGAUUUUCUUCCUCCGCGAGACCAAUGCCGCUGUGCUUCUCGAGAGGAAAGCUGCUCGCCUCCGGAAAGAAACUGGCAAUGCUUCUCUGAUGUCCAAGAUGGACCAAAGCCUGCCCCCCCGCCAGCUAUUCCUCCGCGCAAUUAUUCGACCAACAAAGCUUCUCAUCCUGUCGCCAAUCGUGCUGCUCCUUUCGCUCCUAUGCGCGUUCCUAUUCAGCCUCCUCUUUCUGCUGUUCACCACGUUUCCCACGGUCUUUGAGGAACGAUACCAUUUCUCCGCCGGCGUAUCCGGCCUGUCAUAUCUUGGCGUUGGAAGUGGGAUGAUCUUCUCUCUCGCCCUGUUUGCCACCAUGAGCGACAAACUGCACAAGGCACUUGGAGAUUCACCCAAGCCUGAAGGACGCUUGAAGCCCAUGAUGUGGGUCAUGCCCACCGUGCCCGUCGGCAUUUUCUGGUAUGGAUGGGCAGCUGAAAAGCAGGCUCAUUGGAUCGUGCCUAUCAUUGGCACCUCCUUCUUUGGAUUUGGCCUUCUCUGGGUCAUAAUGCCGACUCAGCUCUACCUGGUGGAUGCUUUUGGCCCAGAGGCUGCUGCGUCUGCGUUGGCUGCGAACGUGAUUCUCCGACUUCUCUUUGCAGCUUUCGUUCCAUUGGCAGGGCCGUCUCUUUAUGCAGGCCUUGGACUCGGUUGGGGAAAUAGCGUCCUUGGUUUCAUAGGCAUGGCUUUUCUUCCUCUGCCCCACUUCUUCUAUCGUUACGGAGGGUGGCUAAGAGAGCGUUUUGCUCUAAAGCUAUAA